AUGGCGCCUCUUUCCAGGAUUGCUCUGGUCGCUUUUGGAACCGCGAAUGGGGUGGCUGCAUGGGGUGUAUUGGGUCACGCAACCGUUGCUUAUGUUGCCCAAAAUUACGUCUCUUCUGAAACGGCGUCAUGGGCACAAGGAGUCCUCGGUGACUCCUCUAGCUCGUACCUAGCCAACAUUGCCUCUUGGGCCGACGAUUAUCGCGAAACAACUGCCGGCGAAUGGUCAGCACCCUUACACUUCAUUGAUGCUGAGGAUAACCCUCCAUCGAGCUGCAAUGUAGACUACGAUCGCGACUGCGGUAAUUCGGGCUGCUCAGUUUCUGCCGUCGCCAACUAUACACAGCGUGUAGGUGACGGCCGACUUAGCACUGCCAACGUCGCCGAGGCUCUCCGAUUCCUUGUACACUUCGUCGGCGAUAUAACACAACCGCUGCAUGAUGAGGCCUACAAGGUUGGUGGAAACGAUAUUGAAGUCACCUUCAACGGCUAUAGUGACAAUCUCCACUCUGAUUGGGAUACAUAUAUGCCCGAGCAGUUGAUUGGUGGCGACUCGUUGUCGGAUGCACAGUCGUGGGCUAAGACAUUGACCACCGAGAUCAAUUCGGGCAGCUAUCAAUCCCAGGCUGCAAGCUGGAUUGAAGGAGACAGCAUCAGUGAUGCUAUUGCCACAGCCACUCGUUGGGCAUCGGAUGCCAAUGCCUUUGUCUGCAGUGUUGUCAUGCCAGAUGGAGCUGCUGCCUUGGAGACUGGAGAUCUCUAUCCUACAUAUUACAAUUCCGUCAUCGGCACCAUUGAGCUUCAAAUUGCAAAGGGUGGCUACCGUUUAGGUAAUUGGCUCAACAUGGUCUAUAACUCGGAGAUUGCCAAGCGAGAUCUCGAAGGGUCUGACCAGGAGGCCCGAGACACAGCUCAAUAUCCGGACCUUCUUGGGCGUGAGUUUCUACCAGAGCCUCGUCCGCUGAGUCGUGCCAAGCUAGCUAGAGCAGCCAUGGAAGGAUCGUGUUGUGGCUCUGGAAAGCAUGAUCAUUGA